AUGCGUCAAACAUGUCCUUUGUUUUAUGCCAUCUUGUUUUUACUUAUAGUGCUUGUUAAAGCUAAUUUUGCUGAAAGUGACCCUAGUGUCAAUCACAAUAACCGUCUGUCCGUGAGUGAAGAAAGUUUAGCAGUCGGAAAUGACAUACAACAAGCUUCUCAAGCUGCUCAAGAUUCAUCAGGUUCUGUUUCUGUGAAUGAAGUACCUACACAACCUUCACAGGCGGCCCCCACACCUACAAAUGAAGUACUGACCCAAUCUUCUCAGGCAGCUCCGAGUCCGGUAAAUGAAGUACCUGUACAACCGUCCGAAGUGACUACAACAUCUGCGAAUGAGGCACUUAUUGAACAUGUUGAGGCAGUCUUGACUGCUAACUCAAAUUUUGAAAGUGACGCUUCAUCUUCUCAAAAUGAUUCAGUGACAGAAGCUACUGCGAAUAAAACUGAAGAACUUGUUGACAUAGAAGAUGAAAAACUCGAAGAUACUGAAGAUGUACACGAAGAAGUUAGUCAUCAGAAAUAUGAAAGUUAUCGAAGCGAAGAUCUUUAA